GUUAAAGCUUGAGAUCUGGUAGCAGCUGAUGCAUUGACAUGAGUUGCGUGAAAUGCGCCCCCCAUCGGAGUAGGCGGGCGCUAGGUGACCGAUGGCGCGGUCUAUCUCUCGCGCCUGGCCUGGCGCAAUUCAUCAAACUAUCAACACUGUAUGUGCACCCCUGACACGUUGGGGUUGCUCGUUACUCAAUUAGACGCGUUCUUCAAGGAGAACUACCAUCUCCGGUCCACGCGAGUAGUCUGAACUUGCACAGUCCUUAUUACGGGUAUCACACAUCUGCACAAGUAGCAUAACUCAGCUCGGCUUUUCAAUACACUGCUUGUUGAGUAAACCCAGUAGCGGCCCGCCCAUUGCUGCUUCAACACGUUUUGGAGCACUCAGCGGCCUGUACCAGGGAAGAUAUUCACGAUGUAUCAAAAUGAACAUCCGCAAGACUUCUGAUUUAGUCUUUCAGACGCGAGGGGUCACCCGCCCCUGUUAAUCAUCAAUCGGGGGAAGCAAUGCAGGAAUCGCACCCGCAUCCCUUUUCGGGAGCCAGCACAUGCAGCAGCCAACGGUGCGGGUGUGAUGGGCAGUGUGCGCAGCAGCCUGAGUGCUGCUGCAGCCUCGGAGGCCCGAGCGCUGGAGGCUCGUCGGAGCCUAUCUGCUCGGGCAGCGGCCGGAGCCUUGCCAGCAGCCAAGUUAGCUCCGCACCCCAAGCCAUGCCAGAAGCUCCACCAGCCCAGGGGCAUCAGCAGCAGCAUCAAGAGAAAUGCGGUGUGUACGGCAUGCAUGGGGACCGCCGGAGGCAGGGUGCCGCGGCGUCCCGCGCUGGCGCGCACGCCACGGCAGCUCCGGGUUUGUCGGCGGCGGCGGAGCCACAAGGUACCGGCUGUCAGGACCGGCGGCAGCUGCAGCAGCACCAGCACCAGCAGCAUCUACAGGGCCAGCAACACCGGCAAGAGCAGCGGCAGCGGCAGCGCCAGCACUUGCGAACAUCGGCUAGAAGCUCGGGCGUAGGCGCGAGCCGGCUGCGGGCGAAUCUGCUGCGGCCAAGCCACGGCGCCCUGUUGCUUGUAGUGCUGCUGCUCCUGUCGCUGAUGCUUGGCGGCGGGUGGCCAGGGACAGGCGGUGGAGUGAGGCUCGUGGCGGCGGCUGUUACGGCAGCAGCAGCAGGGGACAUUGUCCUGGCGCCGCCGCCUUUUGAGGACUACGCGCCGCCGCCACAGACGGACUUUCCGCCCUCGCCACCGACGCUGCCACCGUCACCGCCCUCGCCACCGCCAUUGCCACCACGGCCGCCGGCGCCGCCGCCAACGGCUCCCAUAGAGGCGCCGCCACCAGUGGACGAGCCGCCCAUGGCGCCACACCCGCCGCCAAGCCCGCCUCCGUCGCCACCUAAGCCGCCGCGGUCACCGAAGCCGCCUCCGCGGCCCCCGUCGCCGCCGCCAUCGCCUCCAUCCCCACCCCGGCCGCCCAAGCCGCCGCGGCCGCCGAAGCCCGCGCCUUCGCCUCCGUCGCCCAGGCCGCCGCAUCCUUCGCCGCCUGUGCCUUCACGCGCGUUCCGUCAAGCACCUCCCAGCCCGCAGCCGCCGAAGCCGCCAAAGCCGCCGCGGCGGCCACGGCCGCCGCCGCCGCACCCGCCUAGCCCGCAGCCACCGGUUCCGCCGAUGCCGCCGCACCCUCCCAGCCCACUGCCGCCCAGUCCUGCGCCGCCGCCGCACCCGCCCAGCCCCAUACCUCCCAGCCCGGCGCCGCCCAUCCCACCUGCGCCACCCAGCCCCGCGCCGCCCUCACCGGCGCCGCCUAGCCCCGAGCCCCCCAGUCCGAAGCCGCCGGUUCCACCCAUGCCCCCGAGCCCCGCGCCGCCCAGCCCCGAGCCUCCCAGCCCGCCACUGCCACCUAGCCCAACGCCCCCAAGCCCUCAACCGCCAAGCCCGGAGCCGCCCAGCCCAGAGCCUCCCAGCCCGCCACUGCCACCUAGCCCAACGCCCCCAAGCCCUCAACCGCCAAGCCCGGAGCCGCCAAGCCCAGAGCCGCCGAGUCCGGAGCCUCCCAGCCCACCGGCACCUCCCAGCCCAGUCCCGCCCAGCCCCUCGCCACUGGUGCCUUCUGCGCCGCCGCCAGCGCCGCCAUCUCCCUACCCGCCAACACCGCCACCGGCUUACCCUCCGCCUUAUCCACCUUCGCCUGCGCCGCCGCCCUCCCCGUACCCACCGUCGCCUGCGCCGCCCAGCCCGGCCCCGGCCUACCCGCCUAGCCCGGCGCCGCCGUCGCCUGCGCCGCCAAGCCCGGCCCCGGCCUACCCGCCCAGCCCGGCGCCGCCGUCUCCUGCGCCGCCCAGCCGGGCCCCGGCCUACCCGCCUAGCCCUGCGCCGCCGUCUCCUGCUCCGCCCAGCCCGGCCCCGGCCUACCCGCCUAGCCCGGCGCCUCCAUCGCCUGCGCCGCCCAGCCCGGCCCCGGCCUACCCGCCCAGCCCGGCGCCGCCGUCUCCUGCGCCGCCCAGCCCGGCCCCGGCUUACCCGCCUAGCCCUGCGCCGCCGUCUCCUGCUCCGCCCAGCCCGGCCCCGGCCUACCCGCCCAGCCCUGCGCCGCCGUCUCCUGCGCCGCCCAGCCCGGCCCCGGCCUACCCGCCUAGCCCGGCGCCUCCAUCGCCUGCGCCGCCCAGCCCGGCCCCGGCCUACCCGCCCAGCCCUGCGCCGCCGUCUCCUGCGCCGCCCAGCCCGGCCCCGGCCUACCCGCCUAGCCCGGCGCCUCCAUCGCCUGCGCCGCCCAGCCCGGCCCCGGCCUACCCGCCCAGCCCUGCUCCUCCAUCGCCUGCGCCGCCCAGCCCGGCUCCGGCCUACCCGCCCAGCCCUGCUCCUCCAUCGCCUGCGCCUCCCAGCCCGGCUCCGGCCUACCCGCCCAGCCCUGCUCCUCCAUCUCCUGCGCCGCCCAGCCCGGCCCCGGCCUACCCGCCCAGCCCUGCUCCUCCAUCGCCUGCGCCGCCCAGCCCGGCUCCGGCCUACCCGCCCAGCCCUGCUCCUCCAUCGCCUGCGCCUCCCAGCCCGGCUCCGGCCUACCCGCCCAGCCCUGCUCCUCCAUCGCCUGCUCCGCCCAGCCCGGCCCCGGCCUACCCUCCUAGCCCGGCGCCGCCGUCGCCUGCGCCGCCCAGCCCGGCUCCGGCCUACCCGCCCAGCCCUGCUCCUCCAUCGCCUGCGCCUCCCAGCCCGGCUCCGGCCUACCCGCCCAGCCCUGCUCCUCCAUCUCCUGCGCCGCCCAGCCCGGCCCCGGCCUACCCUCCCAGCCCUGCUCCUCCAUCUCCUGCGCCGCCCAGCCCGGCUCCGGCCUACCCGCCCAGCCCUGCUCCUCCAUCGCCUGCGCCUCCCAGCCCGGCUCCGGCCUACCCGCCCAGCCCUGCUCCUCCAUCGCCUGCUCCGCCCAGCCCGGCUCCGGCCUACCCGCCCAGCCCUGCUCCUCCAUCGCCUGCGCCGCCCAGCCCGGCCCCGGCCUACCCGCCCAGCCCUGCUCCUCCAUCGCCUGCGCCGCCCAGCCCGGCUCCGGCCUACCCGCCCAGCCCUGCUCCUCCAUCGCCUGCGCCUCCCAGCCCGGCCCCGGCCUACCCGCCCAGCCCUGCUCCUCCAUCGCCUGCGCCGCCCAGCCCGGCUCCGGCCUACCCGCCCAGCCCUGCUCCUCCAUCGCCUGCGCCGCCCAGCCCGGCUCCGGCCUACCCUCCUAGCCCUGCUCCUCCAUCGCCUGCGCCGCCCAGCCCGGCCCCGGCCUACCCGCCCAACCCUGCUCCUCCAUCGCCUCUGCCUCCCAGCCCGGCUCCGGCCUACCCGCCCAGCCCUGCUCCUCCAUCGCCUGCGCCUCCCAGCCCGGCCCCGGCCUACCCGCCCAGCCCGGCGCCGCCAUCUCCUGCACCGCCCAGCCCGGCUCCGGCCUACCCGCCCAGCCCGGCGCCGCCGUCUCCUGCUCCGCCCAGCCCGGCCCCGGCCUACCCGCCCAGCCCUCCUCCUCCGUCGCCUGCGCCUCCCAGCCCGGCCCCGGCCUAUCCGCCCAGCCCUGCUCCUCCGUCUCCUGCGCCUCCCAGCCCGGCUCCGGCCUACCCGCCCAGCCCUGCUCCUCCAUCACCUGCGCCUCCCAGCCCGGCUCCGGCCUACCCGCCCAGCCCUGCGCCGCCGUCUCCUGCGCCGCCCAGCCCGGCCCCGGCCUACCCUCCUAGCCCGGCGCCGCCGUCUCCUGCGCCGCCCAGCCCGGCUCCGGCCUACCCGCCCAGCCCUGCUCCUCCAUCGCCUGCGCCUCCCAGCCCGGCCCCGGCCUACCCGCCCAGCCCUGCGCCGCCGUCUCCUGCGCCGCCCAGCCCGGCCCCGGCCUACCCGCCUAGCCCUGCGCCGCCGUCCCCUGCGCCUCCCAGCCCGGCUCCGGCCUACCCGCCCAGCCCUGCCCCUCCAUCGCCUGCGCCGCCCAGCCCGGCCCCGGCCUACCCGCCCAGCCCUGCGCCGCCGUCUCCUGCGCCUCCCAGCCCGGCCCCGGCCUACCCGCCCAGCCCUGCCCCUCCAUCGCCUGCGCCGCCCAGCCCGGCCCCUGCGUACCCGCCCAGCCCUGCGCCGCCGUCUCCUGCUCCGCCCAGCCCUGCCCCGGCCUACCCGCCCAGCCCUGCUCCUCCAUCGCCUGCGCCUCCCAGCCCGGCCCCGGCCUACCCGCCCAGCCCUGCGCCGCCGUUGCCUGAGCCACCUAGCCCAACGCCACCCAGCCCCGCCCCGCCCAGCCCAGCGCCGCCCAGUCCGCAGCCGCCUAGCCCGGAACCACCAAGCCCGGAGCCGCCCUCGCCACCUCCGCCACCCCCGUGGUGGGCUGGCAUGUCGCCUCCUCCUCCUCCACCUCCCCCGCCUAGCGACACGCCCCUCACACCGCCCGCUCCGCCCUCGCCGCCUGGUGCGCCUCCGCCACCGCCCUCGCCUCCUCCGCCGCCUCCGCCGCCGCCGCAGACACCGCUGGCCUCCUCUCCUCCACCUCCGCCCGUUACUCAGCUGAGCCCUCCUCCGCGGAUGCCAGUUGACCCCAGCCCGCCGCCGUCGCCGACUCGGUCGGUCAUGGAGACACGAACCGUGCGGACUCGUUUCCCCGUGGAAGGCCAGGUUGUUCUCGGGGACGUGGACACGCGGCUGUCAUUCCUGACUUCAGUACAGGGCAUCAUUGCCAAAGCCGCUGGCGUGGACGCAUCCGACGUCAUCGUCACGGGCGCGUACCCAGGUUCCGUGGUGGUGGAGGCACGUGUCACCUUCAACCCCUUCUUCACCAGCGCCGCCGACGUCGACGCCGGCCUCGCGGCCCUCUCCGCCGACCCAUCGGCCUUCUUUGACAGCAACUUCCUCCAGCGCUUUGCGAUUGAUACCAGUAGCGUGGAGGUCAUCGUGAUGGCGCCGCCGCCGCCGCCGGACGCGCCGCCGCCGCCGGCUGCGCCGCCGGUGCCGCCGGCGCUGCCGCCACCGCCCCCACCCCGGCCGCGGCGCGUGCGUCGCCAGCAGCCCCCGUCGCCGUCGAUUCCAGGCAUUCCUCAGGACCCGCCGCAGUCGCCUGUGGCGCUGCCGCCGUCGCCGCGGCCUCCUGCUUCUCCGCCCCCGUCGCCUCCGUCUCCGCGGCCUCCGUCGCCGCCCUUCCCGCCGCUGCCGCCCUCCAUCGCGCGCAUGCUGCAGCUCAACCUCUCCAUGCCAUACGACCAGCUCAGGGACCGGACCGUGCGCGAGGCUUUCAGCUGGGACAUGCGCCUAGCCGCCGCCGCUUUUUUCGGCCUCGAGCCGCAGCAGGCGGUGGUGGUGGCUCUGCUGCCGCUGCCCAACACUUCGCUCCCCUACACCACGCGUGUCAACGUGCUGUUGUUCUUCACCCAGUCAACGCUGGAUCCCGCGACGGUCAACGCCGCAUUCGCCCGUGCCGCGGCAAGCCCCAUGUCCAUUGUAGAUCCAGUCAAAUCCAAGUACGGCAUCACUGCGGCUCAGGCGUACGAGCUGGCCCAGUUCAACUACCCGCCGCCGCCGCCCGAACCUCCGGAGCCGCCCAGCCCGCCGCCACCUGCGCCGCCACCCUCGCCGGAGCCACCGUUCCCACCGGAGCUGCCUGGUCCAAACGCGCCGCCGUCACCGCCGCCGCUGCCCUCGCCACCGCGCUCACCGCGCUCGCCGCGCCCGCCCCGGCCGCCGUCACCGCCCCCGCGCCCGCCGCGCCCGCCGUCGCCUGCGCCAACGCCGCCGCCACCCCCGCCCUCGCCUCCACGUCUGCCUCCUCCCUCGCCUCGGCCUCCCAGCCCGCCUCCGGACCCGCCUGCUGCGCCGCCGCCGCCUCCGCCGCCGCCGCCCCCGCCGCCGCCAAGCCCGGUCCCGCCGUCGCCUCCGCCGCUGGCGCCCAACAGCAACCCGCUGCCGCCAUCGCCGCCUCCUUCGCCGCCCCCGGCGCCCCUGCCGCCCAGCCCGCCGCCGCUGCCGCCGCAGCCACCGGGUGUGGUCCCUCGCUACCUGGCAAUCGACUUCAACACAUCCCUCGCCGGCAUUGCGACCUCGGACUUCAGCUAUGAAUCCACCGCCUUUGGCACGGGCGUCCGCACGGCACUGGGCAAGGCAUGGCGCCUCGACAUUCGGCGCAUCGAGCAGAUUGCUGUUUACCGGCUGCCGGUCACCGUACCUUCCCUGGAUCCGGGGGCAGCAGAGCCGUACGUCGUACGGAUGAACGUGCUCGUCCAGUUUACGGGCAUUUCGGAAAACUUCGCCAACAGCCGUGUGAACGACUUUGUGGAUGAGCCGAUGCCGUACUUCACGGAAGGCUUCGUUAGCACGUGGCGCAUCACGAGCAUCACAGCAGCACGUGUGGCGACCACCGCGUAUCGUGUGCCGCCACCCCCGCCUCCACCCCCCUCGCCACCCGCGCCUCCGACGCCGCCCUCUCCGCCGCCGCUCCCUCCACACCCGCCUCCUCCUCCUCGCCCGCCCCGCCCGCCGCCGCCCAGCCCUCUUCGGCCGCCGCGCCCGCCGCGGCCUCCCACCCCGCCUUCGCCUCCCGCGCCUCCGCUGCUGCCGCCGCCGCCGCCCUCUCCUGGCGUGCCGCCGCCUCCCCAGGAGCCCGCUCCUUCACCCGCCACUCCCUCUCCUCCAACGCCAAAGAGUGACGACUACGACUACCUCUACCCGCCGCCGGGCGGCUUCGACCCAACCGACUCGCCGCCGCCGCCAUCGCCGCCGGCAUUAGUCAGCCGCUCCGUACAACUGACGUUCGACGUCGUACCGGAUCUCAUCCUGGGCGACAUUGACACACGUGACGAUUUUGGAUCCAUUGUGGCGGCUGCGGUGGCGUCGGCGGCGCGGCUGCCGUCGACGGCGGGCGCCGUCGCAGUGGCGCUAAAGGCCCCGGCCGGCGGCGCGACGGCGCCGCUGGUAGCAGAGGCGUUUGUAACGUUUCGCCCCGGCGGCGACGCGCCGUCGGUUGCUGACGUGGACGCCGGGCUGGCGGCGCUGGCCGCAGACCCCCGUGCCUAUUUUGGACCCGACUUCCUGAGCCGGUUCAGUAUUACACGCAUCAAUGGUGUGGAUGUUUGGGCGCCGCCGCCGCCGCCGCCGUCGCCGCGGCCGCCACAGCCCAGCCCCCCGCCACUGCCUCGGCCACCCAGCCCGAAGCCGCCAAGCCCGCGGCCGCCACCGCGGCCGCGGCCGCCGCCGCCGCGGCCGCCGUCACCCGCCCCGCCUUCUCCGCCGUCCCCAGCGCCUCCGUCGCCUCCGUCGCCGCGGCCUCCGUCGCCGCCCUUCCCGCCCCUGCCGCCCUCCAUCGCGCGCAUGCUGCAGCUCAACCUCUCCAUGCCAUACGACCAGCUCAGGGACCGGACCGUGCGUGAGGCGUUCAGCUGGGACAUGCGCCUGGCAGCCGCCGCUUUCUUCGGCCUGGAGCCGCAGCAGGCGGUGGUGGUGGCUUUGCUGCCGCUGCCCAACACCUCGCUCCCCUACACCACGCGCGUCAACGUGCUGCUGUUCUUCACCCAGUCAACGCUGGAUCCCGCGUCGGUCAACGCCGAGCUGUCACGUGCCACCGCGGAUCCGUUUGGUGUCGUACGGCCGAUCGCGGACAAGUACGGCAUCACUGCGGCUCAGGCGUACGAGCUGGCACAGUUCAACUUCCCGCCGCCGCCGCCAGACCCUCCGGAGCCGCCCAGCCCGCCGCCGCCCUUGCCACCCUCGCCGGAGCCACCAAGCUAUCCGCCCAGCCCGGCGCCGCCAUCGCCCGUGCCGCCGGCCUACCCGCCCUCCGUGCCUCCGUCGCCGCCUGUCAGCCCAUCGCCGCCGCCGUCGCCUCCUAGCCCGCGCCCGCCCCGGCCGCCCCGGCCGCCACCUCGCCCGCCGCCCCGGCCUCGCCCGCCGUCGCCCGCACCUCACCCGCCCUCGCCUCCACCACCGCCACCUCCAUCGCCUGCUCCCUCGCCUCGGCCUCCCAGCCCGCCUCCGGACCCGCCUGCUGCGCCGCCGCCGCCUCCGCCGCCGCCGCCCCCGCCGCCGCCAAGCCCGGUCCCGCCGUCGCCUCCGCCGCUGGCGCCCAACAGCAACCCGCUGCCGCCAUCGCCGCCUCCUUCGCCGCCCCCGGCGCCCCUGCCGCCCAGCCCGCCGCCGCUGCCGCCGCAGCCACCGGGUGUGGUCCCACGCUACCUGGCAAUCGACUUCAACACCUCCCUCGCCGGCAUUGCGACCUCGGACUUCAGCUAUGAAUCCACCGCCUUUGGCACAGGCGUCCGCACGGCACUGGGCAAGGCAUGGCGCCUCGACAUUCGGCGCAUAGAGCAGAUUGCUGUUUACCGGCUACCAGUCACCGUGCCUUCCCUGGAUCCGGGGGCAGCAGAGCCGUACGUCGUACGGAUGAACGUGCUCGUCCAGUUUACGGGCAUUUCGGAAAACUUCGCCAACAGCCGUGUGAACGACUUUGUGGAUGAGCCGAUGCCGUACUUCACGGAAGGCUUCGUUAGCACGUGGCGGAUCACGAGCAUCUCGGCAGCACGUUUCCCCGGAUCGAUAUACCGUGUGCCGCCACCCCCUCCUCCACCUCCCUCGCCACCCGCGCCUCCGACGCCGCCCUCUCCGCCGCCGCUCCCUCCACACCCGCCUCCUCCUCCUCGCCCGCCUCGCCCGCCGCCGCCCAGCCCUCCCCGCCCGCCACGCCCGCCGCGGCCUCCCACCCCGCCCUCGCCUCCCGCGCCUCCGCCGCUGCCGCCGCCGCCGCCCUCGCCGCCGCCGCCACCGGUGCCCUCCCCACCUGAGGUCCUCCAACCGCCGUUGAUCGAGGAGGAGCCGCCGAGCCCUCCGCCAGGACCGCAACUGCCGCCGCCGGUGCCGUCGCCGCCGCCGCCUUCUGAUGAGUACGAGUAUGAGUACAUCUACCCGCCUUCUGGAGAGGUGUACCUCGGGCCAUCGCCGCCGCCACUGCCGCCGCCGCCGCGCAGCCGGCGGCCGCCGCUGCCGCCGCGCGUGCGCAAGCCGCCGCCAUCGCCACCGGCGGCGCCGCCGACGCCGCCACCACCGAGCUACCCACCCUCAUACCACCCGGCGUACCCGCCCCCAGCCUACACGCCUGCCUACCCACCUCCGGCCUAUCCUCCAAGCUACACGCCUGCCUACCCGCCGCCUGUGUACCCGCCUCCCGCAUAUCCUCCGCCUGCGUACCCUCCCCCGGCCUACCCUCCACCAUACCCACCCAGCCCUGCUCCUCCCUACCCGCCCAGCCCUGCUCCUCCCUACCCACCGAGCCCGGCGCCUCCCUACCCGCCCAGCCCUGCUCCUCCCUACCCGCCCAGCCCUGCUCCUCCCUACCCACCCAGCCCUGCUCCUCCCUACCCGCCCAGCCCUGCGCCUCCCUACCCGCCCAGCCCGGCGCCGCCGAGCCCCGAGCCUCCCAUGCCCCACCCGCCUUCACCUCCGCCCUCCCCGCGCCCGCCGCGGCCGCCACCGCCCGUGCCUCCAUCGCCAAUGCCGCCAAGGCCGCCACGGCCCCCGCGGCCGCCGCCCAAGCCGCGCCCGCCGCCACGCCCUCCUCGGCCGCCGCCACCCAGCCCACCCCUGCCGCCCUCGCCGGCGCCCUCCCCCCCGCCCAGCCCCGCUCCUCCGCCGCCGCCGCCACGGGCGCCGCCAGCCGCCCCCGGGACCUACGCGCCGCCGCUUUACCCGCCGUCACCACCGGCGCCGCCAACCUACCCAGUGGCCUCGCCGCCGCCGCCGCCCGCCGCGCCGCCGCAACCGCCCACCUCGCCGCCGGCCACGCCGCCGCCGCCACCCGAGCCGCUGUACCUGUCCGUCGUAUUCACGGCAGUGCUGCCGCCGCAGUCGUCCGCCGCCUUUGCGGAGGAGGUACGGCAGGCGCUUGCGUCGCACUUCGGCGUGCCGGUCGACCAGAUCCGGAUCCUGUCGUACGGCACGACGCCGCUCUCGGCGGCGGCGCCGCCGCCGCCCCCAGCCUCUUCUGUCGCCAGCCGCUCUGCUUCCCUGUCGUUGACCGGCGGCGCCCUGCGUCCCCUCGGCGGCAGCAGCAGCAGCAGCAGCAGCGGCGUCGUGUUCGGCAGUAGCACGACGGGGUCGGCUGUAGCAUCGCGCGCCGGCCCGGCGGGCAGCUACGUCACCUCCAUCAGCCUCGCGCUCGACCCGUCGGCGGCGGCGCCGCCGGCCGGCGGCGACGUCGCCGACGCCGUUGACGGCUUUGUGGUGGAUCCCUUCUCCGCCUUUGAUAACGCAUUCCUGGAUGCAUACGCGGUGGAAGAUGUGGUGGCGGCGGUGGUGAGCGCCACCGACGUUUUCGUGCCGCCCGCGCCGCCGGGCGUGCCGCCGCCGGCGGCGCCCGCCGUUGAGGAGCCGGCGGCGCCACCGCCGCAUGAGGAUAACGGGUCGCCGCCACCGGACAUGCCGCCGCCGAUGCCCGACGCGCCGCCGUCUCCGGCGCCGCCCAGCAGCCCCAGCCCGCCAGUCCCUAGCCCGCCGGCUCCAUCGUUGCCGCCGCCACCUUCGACGCCGCCUACCUCACCGCCGCCGCCGUCGCCGCCGAUCCCCAGCACCGACCGCGGCAACAUCGACCGCACUGCGGUGCCGCCGACCGCGCCGUCGCCGCCGUCGCCGCCGCCGCCGCUGCCUUCCGCUGGCGGCGACCCUGACCUGCAACUAGGCGAGGUCGUGUCGCCGCCGCCGCCGUCGGGAUCCGGCAUCAUCGCUGGCGGCAGCUCGCCGCCGCCUUUCAGUGCCGCGGCGGCGUCGGGUGGCGGCGGCGGCGGCGGCACCAAUGUCGGCCCCAUAGUGGCGGCCGUGGUGGUGCCGGUGGUGGUGAUUGUGCUGCUGGCCGUGGUGGUGUACAAGUGGCAGCGACGCAAGCACAUGGACAAUGCGUUUAACUCAAUCAUGACGCCGCUUGAAGUGGACGACGGGCAGGAUGACGGAAUGCCGCUGCCGUCGCCGCCGGACACCGCCGCCGCCGGCGGCUACAUGACAAUCGCCUUUGCGCGCUCCUCGGGCUCCGCCGGCUCUGGCGGCGCCGCCGCCGCUGCCGGCAGCCCGGCAGGCGGCCGCUCCCCUAGCAACCUCAGCGGCGGAGCGCUGCCGCCGGCGCUCGGUAGCGCCGCCUCGGCCCACGGCAGCACCAGCGGCGGCGCCGGCGGCGGCGCCGCCGCCGGCGCGUCGCGCGGCCUGACGCCGAGCGUAUCUCGGGUGGUGGUUGUCAACAGCGACCUGCCGUUGGAUGACAUUAUGAAGAUUCGGUUCAGUCCGGCGUUUUAUGCUGCUAGCGAUGCCGCCGAGGGGCCAAACAGCUCUCGGCGCACGACCAGCAACGGCGCUGCCGCCGCCGCCGGACCGUCCUCGACGACGUCAGCUGGCGGCGCCGGCGGCGCCGGCGCAGAGGGCAUGCGACCGCAGCAGCGCAGCUCCUUCCUGAGGCGCUGAAGCGCAGCAGUAAACACUGCAUUGUUUUGUUGGGGUCAUGAAGUUGGUGCCAGCGGCAGCAGGACGCACGCCGCCGCCCCCGCACCUGUGGGCCCUUAUACGGUGGGUGCCAGGAGUUUAUGAGUUGGUGCGGCCUCGUUCAGUAACGCUGGAUGGGAUUGUUUGGACCAGAAGCGAGAUCAUGUUGCUGCCUGUGGCAAAUCGAACGAGGAAUUAUGAGAAUAACAAGCACCGUAGCACUGACCGUUCAAACCUGUUAAGCAGGAUGUACGCAGCUUUCAAUUGAUUGGCUGACGUGUGAGAAAGCUGAUGAGGUUGCGAGAGCCCAUGCCGAUUCCAUUACCGGUAUUUGUGUGGAGGGCUCCUAGCAUAGCGUGACGCGCGCGAUGCGGCGCGUGGUGAAGCACGCGCGUUUGAACUGCCCGGGUAGGUGUGAUCACAGACUGUUGCGGGAUGUGCAGACUGUUGCAAGACAGCAGAUGACUGGACUGACAGUGACGAAGAUGAAUGCAGACAUGCAUGUUGCUUUUGCGAUGGAUUGUGAACGUGUUGAGACGCAUGGGCGGACUUGACUCUUAGUAAUACCCCGGGAGCUUAGCUUUGGAGUGAGGGCGGUGGGCGCAAGGAUACCGUAUACGCGGCGUUACAAUUGCUCGCCGAGGUAAUCGACUAGGAACGGUAAUGGGCACGGCGGCAGGCGAGAGUUUACGGUGUAGGCGCUGCCUCCAAGCCGUAGCCCAGCAAUGGCGGGAACCUUAGGCCCGCCGUGCACAACGACUAGAACUGCCAUUGAUUUGAUGAGGUAUAUUAGGCUAAAUUGGUUUCGGUCGGGUUGCACUUCACGUGUGUGUGUGUGCUGAGUUAAACGGAAACGGGGAAACGCGCGACUGGAGUGGGAUGGGCUGCGCUAGCACGUGUGUGUGCGUGUGCCGGUGUGCGUGCCAGCAAGAGUGUGCGAACCAUUUGGCUGGAUGACUGACGCGUAUGUUUGAGUUGUUUAGACCGUGUCAGUGUUUUGAACGUCGAGCCCGCCCCCCGAAACGGAGGGUCAUUGGGCCUAGCCUUGAAUCGCGUUGAAUGCUUGACUUAGACACGCACGCGGCCUCACAUUGCUUGGGCUCGAAGGUUAGGGUGCGCCGUUGCUGGCUACAGUGUAACGUAAACAUGGA